AUGAGACACUCCGGCGCGAAGCCAAUUAGUUGGACCAGAAAUGGUACUUGUAUGGGUCAAAAUUCACCCUUAGAAUAUUCAGGUCAAGGACAACCAGCAAAGUCUUUUGAGGCAAAGAAGGGACUUAGACAGGGUGAUCCACUGUCACCUGUACUGUUUGUAAUGGCAAUGGAAGGGGAUACACAGUCAGUAAAGCAACUACACCAACAAUUCAAAAUUUUCUCUGAAGCAAUAAGGCUAAUUGCAAAUCCAAACAAGAGUAGCUGCAUAUACUUUGGAGGUGUGGAUGUCAUGACUCAAAAGAAGAUUAUGGAUAUGCUGGGCUAUAGCAAGGGAGAACUACCCUUCAGAUAUCUGGGAAUGCAAUGCUGGACAAUAAAGUUUCUGUCAUAUGCUGGGAGAGCAGUGUUAAUAAAGAGCGUGCUGAUUGCAAUUCAAACCUUCUGGGCUCAGAUCUUUGUUCUACCUAAGAAGAUCGUACAAUUCAUUGACACAAUAUGUAGAAGAUUCCUAUGGACAGAAAAUGCAUUACCUACAAGGAAGGCACUGAUUGCAUGGGAAAAAUUAUGUUGUCCUAAAGUUGCAGGGUGCCUAAAUUUUAUCAAUGUGGUGAUAUGGAACAAAGCAACUAUAUGCAAGCUUCUAUGGAACAUCUGUAAGCAGAAGGAAAAGCUCUGA